CAGAGGCUGAGCAUAUCUAGAUAGAGAUAUACACAUGUAGAACACUGUGGAUGAACAUUAACGUGAGGAGAAGAGCAAAAGAAACACAUCACAAGGGAGAAAAACAGACAUUUACUUUUCUACCAAGGUGUUUGGAAGAAAAACAGAGGAAGAGUUUCUCAGAAAUGGAUCAGACAUGGAUUUCAAUCAUCUUGCUUCUCUCAGCUGUCUGUGGUGUAUCUGCAUAUGUUCCUCAUCAGUAUAUCUUUGUAAAUGAGAAUAAAACCUGGACUGAAGCUCAGAGCUACUGCAGACAGAACUACGCUGAUCUGGCCACCAUCAACAACAUGGAGGAGAUGAAGAAGCUCAAUUCUACUCUAAACAAACUGAAAGAUGCACUCAACAUCUCUGUUUGGAUCGGCCUAGUCAGAGGGGAUGCUGGGAAAUGGCUGUGGUCUCUUGCAGAUGGAAAUUUCCACAGAGAUGGAGACACGUACAGAAACUGGAGGAGUGGAGAACCUGACAAUGGGGUGAACAGGGACGAGUACUGUGUUGCCAUGUUAAAAGAUAAUGGAACCUGGUUUGAUGUUCAGUGUAAAAAAUUAUACACUUUUGUGUGCUAUAAUGAAAAGAAGAUGAGCACUGAAAGAUACAUAUUCAUUAAUGAGACAACUAUCUGGCAUGAUGCUCAGAGCUACUGCAGAGAACAUCACACAGACCUGGUCAGUGUGAGGAACCAGACUGAGAACCAGCAGAUUCAUAAUAUGUUAAAAAUGAAUACAAAUGUUGAUCGCAUUUGGAUUGGCCUGUUCAACGACUCCUGGAAGUGGUCAGAUCAAAGUGACUCCUCAUUCAGAUACUGGAUGUCUGGUCCAGAGAAUUAUGGUCAAGGUCAAAAGUGUGCUGCGGUGUUGCUGACUGAGAAGGGUCAGUGGAAUAAUGAGAAGUGUGACAACCAGCUCCCAUUCAUCUGUUAUGAGAAUAAGCUGAUCUUGAUCAAUCAGAAUCUGAGCUGGAGAGAAGCUCUGAGAUACUGCAGAGUGAAUCAUGUGGAUCUGGUCUCAGUUCACUCUGAGGAGAUCCAGCUCUGGGUGAAGGAGGUGGCACAGAAAGCCUCCACUGAACAUGUGUGGCUGGGUCUGCGUCACACCUGCACCCUCAGCUUCUGGUUCUGGGUGAGUGGAGUGUCUAUCUGCUACCAGAACUGGGCUCCAGAUAACGGGACAGAAGGAGAAGACUGCAGCCCUGUAGAGAGAACCGGAGCAGUGCAGUCUAGAGGAGGUCAGCAGUGGGUCAGCCUGCCUGAGGACCACAAACUCAACUUCAUCUGCACCACCUAUGAAGACUGAAACGAGGUGUUUCCUCUUCCAUAACCGUCAUCGGCAGAUCUACAGUUUUAUGCUUUUUAUUUGCUUUUCUUGAUAGUGAGAGUUAUACUGGUCUACCAGCAUGAAUGCUUAAUGUACUCCUGUGUGUUUGAUGUGCAGAUUUUACCUUUUGUCAUCCAUUUAAGUUACAGUGGACUUCAUUACUGAACCACAAUCUGAAUUCUAUA